GGGCGCCGGGGGGAGAAUCUGCAUGAAUGCCAAGCACCACAAAGCCCAGCCUGGCCCCGAGGGGAAGCUCUUUGACCAGUGCUCUCCCUGGAGGGACAACGCCUGCUGCACAGCCAACACCAGCUCAGAAGCACACAAGGACCAGUCCAACCUGUACAACUUCAACUGGAACCACUGUGGGGUGAUGGCUCCCAAGUGCAAGCGCCACUUCAUCCAGGACACGUGUCUGUACGAGUGCUCUCCCAACCUAGGGCCAUGGAUCGACCAGACUGACAGCAGUUGGCGUCGAGAGAGGAUCCUUCAUGUGCCCCUGUGCAAGGAGGACUGCGAGGAGUGGUGGGAGGACUGCAAGGACUCUGUCACCUGCAAGGAGAACUGGCACAAGGGCUGGAACUGGGCAACAGGAAGGAACCGCUGUCCCUGGGGCUCCCUGUGCCGACCCUUCAGCGAGGUGUUCCCCCGGCCCAAGGACCUGUGUGAGAAGAUCUGGUCCCACUCGUACCGGUACACGUCGCUGCUUCGCGGCAGCGGCCGCUGCAUCCAGAUGUGGUUUGACCCUGCCCACGGCAACCCCAACGUGGUGGUGGCCAAAUACUAUGCUUGGAAAAGGAGAACCUCCCCAACCUGGAGGGAGAACGUGGCUCCUGAGGCUGACCAGGCUGUGUGUGCUCGGCCAUGCUCCAUCCUGAUUCUGCUGCCUGUGGCCCUUGUGCUGCUCCUGGGGUAG